AUGGUGAAUGUUUCGCAGCGUGGAAUGAGGAGUAGGAACAUCCUGCGUUGUGGGAAGAACAACAGCAAAGAUCUCGGAGCAUGGGAAGAGGAGGGCAAACAUCCAGCAGCAUGGGACCAGGAUGGGGAGCAUCCAGUGGCGUUGGAAGAGGAUGGCAAACAUCAUGCAGCAUGGGAAGAGGAGGGACAACAUCUCUCCGUGUGGGAAGAGCACCGUGAACGUCCCACUGUUUGGGAAGAGGGUGGUGAAGCUCCAUCAUUUUGGGAAGAGGACAGUGAACCUCUCUCUGUUGAGGCAUCAUGGGCUGAGCAUUCUGACAGCAGCACAGCCUUACAGACAGAGGGGAGAGGGAACACCGUGAGCGUGGAGGAACCUGCCAAGAAAUACACUGAAGUUGAGCCAGUGGCCAUAAAGAAAAUAAAUCAUGAACAGCAGAACCAGGAACAAGCUGUGAAUGAGAUCCUGGUCCUCAAGGACAAGAAGCAUCCCAACAUUGUCAGCUAUUUGGACAGCUACCUUGUUGAUGAAGAUCUCUGGUUGGUGAUGGAGUACAUGGAUGGAGGAACUUUCCAGGAUGCUGUUAGACAGACACAUGUGGCUGAAGAAGACAUGGCAGCUGGCAGCUUGUCUGCAAGCCCUGUAUUUCCUUCAUUUGAGGCAGGUGAUCCAGAGAGAUCUGAAAAGCUCCAACAUCCUUCUGGAAUGGAUGGCACUGUCAAGUUGGCUGAUUUUGGCUUCUGCACUCAGCUGACCCCUGAGCAGGAUCAACAGAGCUCUGUGGUGGGCACUGCUCACUGGAUGGCCCCAGAAGUUGUGAGUGGUUCUCCUUAUGGCCCCAAGGUGGACAUCUGGUCUUUUGGGAUAGUGACCAUCGAGGUGGUAGAAGGAGAACCUCCUUACUUCAAGCAAACUGUGGCCAUGGCUCGCUGCCUGGUGCGGCAGAACGGGACCCCGCCCUGCAGGAGCCCGGGCGCCUGUCGGCUCUGCUGCGGGACUUCCUCAGUGCAGCCUGGAGCCCCAUGAGGAGCACUGCUGCAGCCAAGCCUCUCUCCAGCCUGACACCUCUGAUCACUGCAGCAAAGUAGUUGAGGGAGCAGCAGAGAUGAAGCACUUGAGGACAGCUUUUUGUUAUGCCAGUUAGGACAACUGGUUAGUUAUGCUAGUUAGGAGAGCUAGUUUGUUCUGCUAGCUAAGAUAGCUUGUUAUGGUAGUUAGGACAGCUAGUUUUUUAUGCUAGUUAGGACAACUAGUUUGUUAUGUUAGCUAGGACAACUAGUUUUUUACACUCGUUUUUUGAAUAAAAACUCUGUUAAACCUCAA